UCAAUAUGCAGAGAGGACAGAUAAGCUAGCGCUUACGUGCUCAGAUGCAUUUCCUGAUCCUGGGACUCUGAGGAGGAAACAGCUUCUGUAUUUUUGGCUCUCUGAUCAAUAAUUAACAUUAAAGCUCCAUUAUUAAGCAGCAAAUCACAGCAGAUCCUCUCAGUUCCUCUCUGACAUGUCGGCGUCUACGUCUAUAACUACAGAAGCGGGCGGUGUGCUCGUGGUCACCCAUGUGAUCCCGGCACCUCAGGGUGCUGCGACACAAAACUCUGCAGAGAAGAAGAACCACCGGGAACAACUGCUGGCCCUCGGGACGGUGCAGAUCAUGAUCGGCCUGGCCGUCUUUCUCUUUGAGCUCGCCAUGAUUCCAGAUACAUAUACUCUGGGGAUGUACUCUGGCGCUUUCGUCUGGGCACCGCUGUUUGACAUCUUGUCUGGAUCUCUGAUGGUGUGUGCUGGGACAUCGAUGAACAAAUGUCGGGUGAAUGGAGGUGUGGGACUCAGCGUUGUUGCUGCUGUUGCUUCUGGUGCUGCUACCACCAUCUACGUUCUGGAUGUUUUGAAUGUAACUGGAUACCUGUUCCAGAGAUAUGAUUCUAACCAUCCUUACUACUACUACCACCACAACUAUUACAAUGACUUAUCUGUGACUCGUGGAGUUUUAUGUGUUUUGGCUGUUUUCUCCUUCCUGGGCUUCAUGGUCUCCAUCUGUGUUACUGUGCUUGGCUGCAAAGCUUCACCUCAGUCCCCAGACCAGCUGAUCAUCAUGACCAACCAAUCAUAUGAAGCGGCUUCAAAGACGCCAGAGACUACGCCCACACAGGGGGCCCUGCCCAGAUAUGAGGCCCCGCCCAUCCCAGCGACUCCGCCCCCUUCAGAGAGAGACUACAAGACGUUGAAGCCUCAGGAAUACAACAUAGACAUAGUCUGACCCCCCCUCCUCCAUCUGGCCCCCCCCUCCUCCAACAAGCCCCGCCUCCUCCGCCUGGUCCCGCCUCCUCCAUCUGGGUCUGCCUUCUGACUGUUAUAAACUCAGUACUGCAUUUAUAUUGACCUAAUCUUUGUUGUAUUAUUAUAAGAUGACACACACACACAGACACGCACACACACACGCACACACACAGACACACACACAUGGAUCCCUGUAAUGCGAAAUAAAUUUACUUAAAAUGUCUUUUUGUUUGGGUCUUUUGUGCGUUUGAAUCGUACCCCUCUGUUGGGAAGUGUCUCUGAACACAGUGAAUCAUGUCACAUGACCCUGAUCUUUAAUCAAUGGACCAAUCAGUGAGUCAGAACCAACAGCUA